AUGGUGCAUUGUGCGGGGUGCGAGAGGCCUAUCCUGGACCGAUUUUUACUCAACGUUCUGGACAGAGCUUGGCACGCCAAAUGCGUACAGUGUUGUGAAUGUAAAUGCAAUUUAACUGAGAAAUGCUUCUCUAGAGAAGGGAGACUCUACUGCAAGAAUGAUUUCUUUAGGAGGUAUGGAACCAAAUGCGGAGGUUGUGCACAAGGAAUCUUGCCCAACGAUUUGGUUCGCAAAGCAAGGAACAAAGUUUUUCACUUGAACUGUUUCACCUGCAUAAUUUGCAACAAGCAGCUUUCAACUGGCGAAGAAUUGUAUAUCUUAGAUGAUUAUAAAUUCAUGUGUAAAGAAGACUACUUGAGUAGUAGCAUCGGCAAAGACACCACCCUUCUCUCAGUUACGACAUGUAGUGACCCAAGUCUAUCCCCAGACUCACAGGAUCCACAGGACGACGGAAAAGACUCUGAAAUUGGACAUUUAUCAGACAAGGAACCCUGCAACAAUGAGAAUGAGGAACAGAACACGGGGACAAAACGACGAGGGCCACGAACCACCAUCAAAGCAAAACAGCUCGAGACCCUGAAAGCUGCGUUUGCAGCCACACCAAAGCCCACCAGGCACAUCCGUGAGCAGCUCGCGCAGGAAACUGGACUCAAUAUGAGAGUGAUUCAGGUUUGGUUCCAGAAUAGGAGAUCAAAAGAACGACGAAUGAAGCAGCUAAGUGCUUUGAGUACCAGGAGGCAUCUUUUUUUCCGCAGUCCAAGAAGGAUGCGGACGCUGAUGGACCGGCUAGAGCCUGGUGAACUCAUGCCGAACGCGCAUUUCUCCUACGGAGAUUAUCAAGGUGAGUACUACGGCCCAGGGGCUAACUACGACUACUUCCCUCAGGGCCCCCCUUCGUCACAGGCGCAGACCCCGGGGGAGCUGGGCUACGCUCCCUCCUCGGUGCCAGCGGGCACCCCCCUGGGGAGCCUGGGGGAGCACCACCACCCCGGGCACCACCCGGCGGGCGACGUGCCGUGCUACACGGACAUCAUCACGCAGCAGCACGCCAGGGACUCGCCCAGCCCGGAGCCCAGCGGCCCGGCCUCCAUGCAGAGCAUCUCCAGCGAGAUGUGUGGCCCCGGCACGCCCUUCACGUCGCUGUCCCUCAACGGCAGUGGCUACAGCAACCAGCUCUCGCACACGUCCUCAGAGAUGAGUGAAGGCACGGUCUGGUAGCUGGGGCAGCACACAGAGAGGAAGAGGAAGAGGAAGAGGAAGAGGAAAAGGCUAUGGCACUCUACACUGGCUCAGAACACUUAGGGCCUGGACUAUUUUUAUUGUUCUGUUGUUAUUUAAAUAUUCAAAUUUAUUUAUGUGAGUAUUUAUUAUUUAUUUCAUUGAUUAAUUAUUUGUAUUUAUUCAUUAGAGCAAAUAUUACAAGUUGGCCAUUUUAUCCACCAUCUUGAUUGUUGUAUUUAUAUGAUGUGUUUCUGUAAUAAAGACAUAAUUGUUGCAACUUGCAACAAUGGAACUAUACUGUAGUCCUUUGCUGGUUAAUGGUCUAUGGAUUUGCAUUUAACAAAGACAUGUGAUUGGGACUGUUGCAGACAUUUAAGGUUGGAUGUAAUGCUGUUUAGGCAGCUUAGGUGUCUAGUGGUAUUAUGACAUUAAUUCUCAUUAGACUCUGCUGCCUGUAAAGAUACUGACACCUGAAACCAUCGAACAACACAUUUUCCUUAGGACCGAUCAUACAUGUCUGUGAAUCUUUUUUUUCUAAUCCACCAAAUCUCAGAAGUUU